UUGAAAUGCCAGUAAUCGGUUCUAGCAUUGCUUCAAAGCCAUCGUGACUGGCGGUGUCUCCUGUCCUCGUGCCGGCAUACUAUACUGAGAAGCCUCGCUAUUUAACCUGGCCCACAGUUCAUUUUCCCGUUAGUCUGACAGUUUUCGUGUGUUUUAAAGCGGCAAGAGAAGGAGGUGCUUGGCACAGGUUGGCCUGUCUGAUCGAGAUCGAGGGGAAACCAAGCCGACCGCUACAGAAGGUUCAUGUGUUACGACGCACGGCAAAAUGAAGCUCACGCAAAGGUGUCUAAGGAACAUCAACAAGAUGCUGGACUUUUACUCGCAAUUCAACCCCUCGCCGCUUUCGAUAAAACAAUUCAUCGAUUUCGGUCUGAGUGCAUGCGAAAGGAAGUCCUUUAUAUUCUUAAGGAAGGAGCUGCCAGUUAGACUGGCGAACAUUAUGAAAGAGAUCCACCUGCUGCCGGAUAACUUACUGAAAAUGCCUAGUAUGGGUAUAGUAAAUAAUUUAUACGCCACUUCGUUCGAGGAUAUCCUGCAGUUCGAGAAGGUUGAAGUCAGCGAGUCCACUUUAGACAAGUUCUGUCAGACUUUGGUGAAAAUCCGAAACAGACACAAGGAUAUCGUCGAAACGAUGGCGCAGGGUGUCCUGGAGCUGAAAGAAUCGUACGACGUCGAUGUUCAAACGGAAAACAACAUUCAGUAUUUCUUGGACAGGUUCCUCAUGUCCCGAAUCUCUAUUCGUAUGUUGAUCAAUCAACACACUCUUCUAUUCGGCAGCGAGUUGAAUGGCCACAGUAGACACGUGGGCUCCAUAGACCCCUCUUGUGACAUUAUCAGCGUUGUGAACGACGCGUACGAGAAAGCAAGGUUGCUGUGCGACCAAUAUUAUCUGGCCAGCCCGGAGCUGAUAGUCAAGCAACAUAAUGAACAGGAACGAUGUAGCCAAAUUAGAAUAGUUUAUGUCCCGAGCCAUUUGUUCCACAUGCUGUUCGAGAUCUUCAAGAACAGCAUGCGAGCAGUGAUGGAACAUAGCGCGAAUUCCGAGUAUCCACCCAUCGAGGUAAUCGUGUCUCGUGGCAGAGAAGACAUUUGUGUGAAGAUAACUGACCGAGGCGGUGGCAUUCCUCGCUCGCAAAUGGACCAUUUGUUCAAGUACAUGUACAGCACAGCGCCCCGGCCAAGUAGAACCGACGACCACACGGUUCCAUUAGCCGGAUAUGGUUACGGUCUUCCAGUAUCUCGGUUGUAUGCCAGAUAUUUCCACGGCGAUCUCGUCCUCCAGAGUUGCGACGGUUAUGGUACAGAUGCCAUUGUAUAUCUCAAGGCUCUGUCAAACGAAGCCAACGAAUUGCUGCCAAUCUUCAACAAGACCUCGUCCAAGUUCUACCGAACCGCAGUGUCGAGUACCGACUGGAGCAGUCAAUGCGGGGGUGGGAUGGCCACUAGGCAAUUACGUAUGAGCCAAGAUCAAGGGCACAAAGCUGUACGGGGAGUGGAAGCUAGGUAUUGCUAGCGAAACUCCGACUCACUGGACCAAAGAAUGAAAAAGUGGGUCAAAGGAGGUCCAGUGAUACCCGCGCCGCGAGACGCGGAGGAUUAGGAACGAUCUACGAUGAAAACCAGCGGCAAUCGAGUUAGCGUUUCUCACGAAAAUUGUCGACGACUGGCCGUGGUGGUCGCAGCGAGGUUGUUGACGAAUCUGGCUGCUCGUUGUGCUCGCGGCUACGACGCACCACAUAUCACGAUAAUCGAUACUUCAUAUUCGAUUGCACCCUCUAUACAAAUAUACUUUCUUUUCUUUUAUUAUCCUCGUUACUUGUCGUAAGAAACGAAAAUCGUAAAACGUUGAAGCAUCUGCAUAACAUUGCAAUCAAUUUGCGAUUCAAUUAUAUGGGUGCUUCAAGAAAAUCGUUUUUUUCUGUUUUUUAUAAGCUAUAUGCAUACGUUAUAAGUUUUUUUUUUAAAUAAGCAUUUUAAUUAUGCAAUUAAUCAUGAGGCAUUUCCUUUCGUUCGAUUAAGAGACCGUGCAAAGGAACGUUUAGGUGAAGUUCGUGAUUGGUUGUUAAGAUAGCGGAGUUUUCCAAUCGCCAGAGAAAUUUUUAUAAAAAAAAGAAUGUUACAAAAUGUGGACUGUGAUUCGAUGCGUGAUUUUAGGUUUGAAUUUAGAUAGAUAAAUAUUGAACCUGUUAUUAGUGUCUUUAAUCUUGUAAAAAGGAAAAAAAGAUUAGUAAUUUAAUUAUUCGUACGAGGAAGCUACAGAGACAUAUGAGAUGAGGAAGAAUGGCUGACAAGAAGAGACCAAUGUCUCUAUCGCUUCCCUGAAGAGUAUUUUGUACAUCGCAAGUGAGCCAACAAAUUCUUACGAAUCGCCUGUUUAAUUAAAUUUUGUAAGGUUACGCGAAUAAAGUUUUUCUACACCGUGAAUUCAUUUACACGCGAACACCGUCACUCGUUUUGUGUUCUAAGGGUAAACGUUUUCUCACGAAUUGUUAUUUGAAUAAAUUAAACCCAGGGAAUUCUUUUUUUGUAAGAGAUGAAAUCCAUUUUCUGUACGUUUGUAUCAAACGUAGCAACGCUGAUACCUUAGAAUAUAACAAACGAUUGUUCAGUUUCUAUUUUAUAAAGAUUUCACGUGUUUUGCACGUUUUCUACGAUGUAAAAUAUGUUUUUCAGACAAAUCCAACUACCGCAGUAAGAGAGAAAUGAACGAAUCGAGAGAAUCUCGUAAAUUGUUUUUAACAAAACCGAAGGAACAAGUGUGUGUUCAAGCUGUAGCUACGAAUGUAUUCUGUAUGUUCCCUGUAUAUACCAUAAAUUUUUAGAGCGAUCAGAGUAAAUAUUAUAUUCGUUAUAGCCGACAAAUUUUAGCUGUUAAAUUGCAGACUGUAGAAGGUAUUCGCUUGCGCGAUGCCAAGCGAAUCCUUGUAAAACAUUGUUAAUAAACGUAUUACAAGAUA